AUGUCCGUGCUUGCCAAAAUCUCCCGGCGCAUAAAGGAUCCUCAUGGUCCUGCUGCAGCUUCGACAACUUUGCGCGCCUCUACCCACCUCCUGGUGGCCAGAGAUGACGACGAUGACAUGCCACUGGUUGUCAUUCCAUUUACCCCAGGGCCUGGCUAUACCCCAUCCACACAGCAGCCCACAUCUGAAGAGUCUGAGACCGACGCUGCGACUUCAUCCCCUACUCCUGCUCCCGCAACUGAGGAGAACCCGGUAACGGGCAUGACAGCAGCCACUUCAACGACUAAAGCGACCUCGUCGCCCCAUGAACCAAAUACGCUGGUAACGACUGGGGUUAUCGAAGAUCUUCCAACCGGGUCUGAGACAAGUACCAGCCAUGCUACCUCUACACCGAUAACAGCUGGCACUGUGGAAGAUCUCCCAGCAGGUUCUGAGACUAUUAUAUCCACGCCAGUGACCACUGGUAUUGUUGAGAAUCUUCCAAUGACCGAGUCUGAGUCUGUGAGCCCCGCUGCCUCGACAGCUGAGACUCCACCAUCGCCUGUACCUACAAACGGACUAAAAAAUGAGACCCAGAGUGGCAGUUUACACGAUUUGCAUACGUCCUCGCCAGUUCACUCAGGCCCUGACUCUACAACCUUGACUUUGGGUACAGACAGAAGUACAAACACAACCUCGAGACCGGUUAUUCCUGUAGAGACAAGCACAUCCUCCCACAGUGGUUCACCAUCGCGAACUCCAGCGCAGACUCAGACUUCGAGUGCUCAACCUUCUGUUGACGAAGAACCCCUAACCUCAGAGACGUCUGGAACGGAGCCCUCCACCCAGGCACAAGCCCAAAUAAGCACCACUCCCGCCAGCAGUACGUCUACCACCCAUACAACCCCGGUCAUGGUCCUAGUCACAGAGGGCGUAGAUUCGGAACACCCUACAAGCGAAACAAUCUGGCCGAGUCGGGAAUCUAGCUCAAAUGCUGUGACCUGGGCUUCUUCAUCACCUUUAAUACCCACUUCUACUUUCAUGCCCGCGCCCACUCCCACGCCGGCCUGGACUUGGACGCCUACCUCUGCUGCUACAUCCACCCAAGUCUUAUCAUCCUCAACCACUUCUACAACUGCUACUUCCAUACCUAACGGAGCACCUGCUUCUACAACAACAAUUACAGCGAUCUCCACAAUUGUCCAAACGUCUACAUUACCAGCGGGACAAGAGCCGGAAUCAAAGUCUACACCUACAACUCCCAGUCCCAUCUCUGAAGGAUCCAGCUCUACAACCACAGUUACAGAAAUCUCUACUAUUGUGCAGACAUCCACAUUGCCACCUGGGACACAAAUAGAACCAACUUCAGCGUCUCCAACUUCCAGCCCUAAUCUCGAGGAUGAACCCAUAUCCACGACUACACUCACAGAAAUCUCCACCAUCGUACAGACAUCCACGCUGCCAGCUGAACCAGAAGCGGAGCCUACAACAGCACCUUCAACUCCCAGCUCCAAUUCUGCUGAAGAGCCAACCUCUACAACUACUUUCACAAUGGUGUCCACCAUUGUCCAAACGUCGACUUUGCCCGAUUCCUCAGAGCUCACGUCAUCAAGCAUACUCAUAGUGACACCUACAACACCAAAACCGUCGCCCAGUCCUGCUCCAGAAGAGGAUCCAAGCUCAACAACGACCAUGAUCCUAAUCUCAACCAUCGUCCAAACUUCCACCUUACCAGCAGAAACAGAAGGAGAAGGAACACGGGCCCCGACUUCAACUCCUCAGCCCCAACAAACAUUCACCCUGACUGGUACCAAGACAGCCACGGUCUCUCGAACAUCCACCGCGACUGCAACGGCAACAGUGACAGCCGCUGCCACUCAGGAGGGCCAAGUCAAGGCGUGCGGUGAUGCCACUGGCGACGACGACGAGUUACAGCUCGUCCCCUGCACUCCUGCUGGGUUCGCUACGAUCACGGUAACCGUCACGACGACCGUCACAGAUAGAGAGCCCGAUCGCACGGUUACCGUUACUGCAUAG